ACAAACCGAAAGUACAUGUAGGUCUAUAGUUUAAAUUUACGGAUUAGCUUCUUUUUAUGAUACCAUCGAAAUACAUAGCGCCCAUGCUUUUAGACAUAGUGUUUCUGAUCCGUGUAUAAAAUAAAGAAAGAUGACGUCAUCUGGACAAGGAAAAUGGAGAGGCAAAAUGAGUGCUGCCGGAUGUUUAAGUUAUCUUUGUUUGUCUGAAAAUUUAGCAGAUGUCUGGUUUACCUUUAAAGAUGAUUCUGACGCCAGACUUCCGGCACACAGAUUUAUUCUGCAGAUGCGCAGUGAAGUGUUUGAAAAGAUGUUUAGUAGAGCUUACCAGACAUCUGAGGUCAUCACUGACAUCACUGUUGAUGAUGUCAGCAGAGAUGUAAUGGAACUUCUACUGAGAUUUCUUUACACUGACGAACUUUAUCUGAGUCCUGACAAUGCAUUCAAUAUUCUGUAUGCGGCAAACAAGUAUAUGUUAGAUGGCCUACAUGAACAAUGCGCCAAGUAUUUGGUAAAUCAGGUGGACGCCGAAAACGUGUGUGAUAUAUACGAGAAAGUAAAAGGUUAUGACCUCGACAAUAUCGUGUCAUUAACGUGUUUAGAAUAUAUAAGGCGUCAUGCAUGGAAAGUGUUUAAGACUGGAAAAUUUCUUAAUAUCACCAGGGAUACAUUAUCCGCAAUAUUAGACAGUGACAUACUAACUGGGAAAGAAAUUGAGAUAUUUAAGGCAGUCAAGAAAUGGGCAGAACAUCAAUGUGUUUUACAUGAGAAACAAACAACACCGGAAAAUAUUCAAUCAUUCGUUGGGGAUACAGUUUAUAAAGUUCGCUUUCCGCUGAUGAGUAUUGAAGAUUUCAUAGAGGAGGUGCAACCUAGUGGAGUACUCUCGGACGAGCAUAAUUUGUUGUUGCAUCAAUACAUAUCACAGAAACAGGAAGGUGACACCUUAUUUGAAGGAAAGUUUAGUGCCAGUCCGCGAAACGGAGGAGUUUUAACGGAACAAAUAUUUAAUUGUUACCCAAACCCUACAUGCGUUCCUGGUGGGUGUGAUCAGGCUUAUUUGAUGACUAUAAUGACAAAUGAAGAUAUACAUUUACAUUCUUUGAAAGGUCCUUUAAUUAGAUACAUUGAAGCUAUUGAAAUACAUAAACAGCGUCGCGUUGACGUCACUUGUUUGACAUAUGAUAACCGGAUGUUAUUACUGGAAUCACGUGACAUAUGGGUGCCUAUUCCCUAUAAAUCAGGUUGUCAAGAAAAUGAAGAAAUUGUUUUUACCGAUGACAUUUUAUUGCUACCCACUGAUUAUACCCAUAUUAGAAUAAAGUUGUGGAGACGCUUGCCUGGUAUUGAGGGGCGUCAAAUCAGUCAGGCUAUAGCAACACGGCCUGGAAAGAGGGCACGUGGUGCUAGAAGACAGGGAGCAGAGCCAAUGGUCCGCGUUGUACGGGCAACUAACAUGUCAUUGAUUAUACAGAAAACUACCGUUUCUUUAGAACUUAUUCCUCCAGGAAUAAACCAAAUAUCAUUUAGAUAAAACCUGACAGUAAAUGAUAAAAAAAAUGUUAAAUGUAACUCCUUUAUUUUGUAACUACAGCUUGUGUCCUUUAAAAGGUAUCAGAAUUAUGAAACAACGGCUUGCCCCUUGACGGAGGUUGAACCCACGAGGCAAGAUUCCUUAAAUUACUAGUCCGUGAUUACUAGUCUUACGCGUUCACAGCUCGGACAUGCCGCCAUUCCUAAAGUCAUUUGUGUGUGUGUGUAUUCUGAUGCAUUUGAACAUGAAGGUAGGUUGUAAUGUCCUGGUGGUAUUAGUAUUGGUAGUUUUCACUCCGUAUUACGGCAGUGAGCCACAUUGAAUUUAACAGAGCACAGUUCAGCCACUGCAUCGUUCCAGGGCAGGCUGUGAAGCAGUUUACCAGUAUUAGUUGCCUCCACUUUUGUAAGGAACUGAAACUUCUGGAUAUGCCAGAGUGAAUUACCGUAGAAAAGAUUUUAUGACCAAUCACAACGAAGGUGACCUACCGGGAAUGAAACCCAGGUCGCCCCAUUCACAGUCCAACGCUCUACCUAUUGAGCUAACAGCUAACUUGUAAUGUCCGACUCGUUAUUUAGAGGUUAAUGCCUGUGUUACUAUAUAUAAUAACAAAAUCUAGGGUAUUUCAAGGCCAUUAUGGCAAGAUCUGGGUCAUUAUGCAAUUUUAGCCGCCUUGCUACUUAAUUGGCGAGUGAAUGAGCGCACGUGCAAAAUGGCGUGACUUUCAAGAUGGCUGUUGCCGUUGAAUGAACUUUAGUCACUUGCACAUAAAAUUUGAAGUUUAGAAGACAUAAUUAAUCGCAAUCAACAAAGCUUACAUUGAAGAUUUAUACACUCGAGAAAAAAUACAAUCACUCUACCCAUGACAAAACAUAACACUCAGAUAUUCCGAAAAUGAUUUCAGACUGACAGUUGAAAAAUAGAUCGGGGGCAUUUAGAGCCUUUCUUAAAAACACAAAAGUCCAUAAAAACUGGAACUAAACAAUAUUCUUACAAAAAUAUAAAAAGUAUUUAUCUAUAUAAAUAACAAUAAAAACAUUUUCUCAUAUUUAUUUUGUGUCGUCGUGUUUUCUAAG